GCGUUGAACGAUAUAUUUGGUGUUUAUUUGUGAUAGUAACUGGACGAGACAAGCAUUCUACAAAUUUUAUACACACAAAAUGAGGAGUUUUCUUCUUUGGAUUUUAUCCAUUUCUUUAUACUAUGAACUAUCAUCGGCAUGGCAUAUGCAGUUUUCGCUUCGUGAUGUCUUAAAAGGACAAUGCAGGGACGUAUGUCCUAGAAUGUGUAAAAAGGAUCCGAAUUCAUUAAGUUCUGAUUACAAGUGUGGAUUUGUUUGCCAAAAUGUUUGCACUUCAAGAAUUAGAAAACGAAGAUCAAAAAGAGCAACCAGCUCGACAAAUCAAAUGCACAUGACACCUUUACCAAGUAAAAUGAAGUUUUUCGAUAUUGAUAACGAUGGCGUUGUUAAUCUUUUCGAGUUUGCACGAGCUUUGGGACAUAAUCCUAGAAAACAGCACGUGGUAAGAGCGUUCAAAGCUGCAGAUUUAGAUGAUGACGAGAAAUUGGACUUUUUUGAAUUCAACAAUGAUGUUUGGGUGACUGACCAAGAUGUUGUCGACGACAAUUAUGAAUUUGAAAUAAAUGAAGACAUGUUUGAUUCCGAAUUUGACGAAGACAGUGACGAGUCUAGCGGAAAAAGAAGUGAUUCCGACGAUUCUAGUAGUGACUCAUCAAAAGAUGACAGCGACGAUAGCAGUGACUCGUCAAAAGAUGAUAGCAGUGACGAUAAAAGUGAUGAUAGCAAAGAUUCUGAUAGUGAUAGCAGUAAAGAUAGCAAAGAUUCUGAUAGAAAGAGUCGACGACGAGGUAAAAAAGGCUCGAAAAAAGGCUCGAAAAAAGGAAGAAAAAGCGACAGAGACGGCGAUGGUGUCGAUAGUUGGGAUAUCGAUGGCAAUGAUGGACUUGAUGGAAGGGAUAGUUUAGAAAUGCCUGCUAUUGACAUGCCUGAGGCAGGAGGUGAAAUGAUGGAAAAUGUUGGCGAGAUGGGAGAAAAAAUGAGAGAAGGCUUUGAAAAUAUAGGUGAUAAUAUGGCUGACGGUAUGGGGGAUAUUAGAGAUGCAAUGGAGGAUAGAAUUGAUGUCAUGAAAGACGCAGCAGACGAUAGAGUUGAUGCAACUGGAGACGCAAUAGACGGAAUGAAAGAUACAUUAGAUGACACAGCUGAUGCUAUGACCGGUGGUGUCAAUGAUGCAGUUGACGGAAUGAAGGAUGCCAUGGGUGGUAUUGCAGAUGCAGCCGCAGAAGGAAUGGACGCAGCAGCAGACGUAGUUGAGAAUAUAGUAGAUGGUAUGACUGAAAACAACAAUCUGGCCCUAGCAGCAAUGGCCACAUCAGGCAUGCCCCCUCCACCACCAAUUAAUGUAGCUGGGGACUCGUUUGUGCAACCUAUAUCUGCAGGAGUGGCUUCUAAUAAUAUUGGAUCUUUGUCCGGAAGUAAUGGCGGAACGUCCUUCAACUCGAUGAACACUUUAAGAACAACACGUGAUGAACAAACGUCAAACACAGCAGGUAAUCGUGUCGCGCGAUGGCAAAAAGUUGCACGAACACGCAAUAUGCUGCUGCCGCCAAGGGAUCUUCGCAAAGGACAACCAGGUCGACGCGUCAUCGAUGACUCAAUGACAACGUCGUUUGUGAGAACGCCACCAUCGGAUGGCUUUGGUUUAUUUAGAAGCGUAGCUCCGAUCAGAGUGCGUGUACCGGCAUUAGCUAAUUUCGGAACGCAAGGCUAGCUUGGAGUCUUUUCUUCAAUUUACAUGAUCUAAAUUAUUUUGAUAAAAAAAUAUAUUAAAUCAUUUUUGAUAAAGCUAUAUUCUAUUCAAAAGAAUGUAAGAGAUUCAAUAUCUAAAAGAAAACAUUAAAUAAGAAAAUUUUGAUAAUUAUUAUAGCAACAAAAAUAGAUAAAACCAAAACUGUAAAUUAAAACAGUAGACAUACUACACCGUUUACUAGUAUUACAUUUUGUUUGAAUAACUUGUGUUCGUUACGUCGUUAUUUAAUUUUAUGUCUUUGUGUUAUAAUACGAUUUGUUUUAAUAUAAAUGUUUAAUUAACCGUUUUGCAUUUAGUGCUGUGUUACGUUUGUUCAUCGCUAAUGUUCGUAUUGUUAUGUCCACCAUUCAGUGUUUGGUGUGUUGUAAAAAUAGGAUUGCGGGGUCUGUCUGACAAAAGCUUUAAUUCAUUUCUAUAAAAUAUUCCACAUUAUUUGUCUUGACAUUCCGACGUUCUAACUUCAGCUCAUUCAGAUUUUGUCCAUUUCUACCAGUGGGACUGGAAAAAAUAUCUAGGAGACGGUCCCCUGUGCCUAUAUUUUGGAGUAUUUUGAAAUACUGUAAAUUCAGAAACUAUUGCGAGGUUUUUUAUUAUUGCGAAAAAUGCGUAAAGCAAUAUUUUAAAUUCGCAUUUUGAAAUAUUUCAUAUGAAUUAAACAGGAUUUUUCACAAAAUCGUAAAAAAUUAAAACAGGAUUUUUUUUAAAAUCGUAAAAAAUAAAAUUGCAUUUAAGUCUUGACAAAAUCGCAAUAAUAAAUGAACGCAAUAAUUUCUGAAUUUACAGUAAUAACAUUGUACUCAAUAACUACACAUAAUCUGUUUUGGUUUCACAAGGUGAGCAAAUAGAAAGUCAAAACCAAUUUGAGAUUUAUUAUAAUAAAAUUACCUAUGACUUCCACUAAUUUGUAAAUAAAAAGAGUUUUUUUUCAGUUAAAACGUUUUUUUUGUAUGUUGUUUGGGUUUUCUUUUUUAUGUUGUGCAGUAUGUAUCGUUAAUGUGCACCUGCAUAAGGAACAAUUGUCAUAAUAAGAUGCAUUAUGUCUUCUAAACAUAGCAAAAUGGUAACAGUUUGAUUGCAAAACCAUGCGCUGAAUAUUUUACAUGAAUUUAAUAGAAAUACAGAAUCACAAUAUUAUAUUAAAUGCUAAAGUUUGCUUUUAUGGAUAUCAUAAAGUAGUCAUAAAGUUAGCAUGCUUAAAUAUAGUUUCUUAAAAGAUAUGUUUGUAAUUUCAAUUUUCAUCCUCAUCAUUGAAAGAAAUUAAGAAGAAGAUACGGAAACAGUCAGUUGUAGAUUUUAAUCCUGAAUUGCUUCAAAUAAGCGUGUGUUUUUUUAUCACAAGACUUUGACGCUUUCAACGAAGCAGUCUUACUGACAUUGAUUCUUUAUCG